AUGCGGCUACCUCCCAUUCCCCGAACACACUCUACUGUCCUGACCAAGGGCCGGUGGCCGUCAACUCCCCUUUGGCGAGCAUACCUUCCCCGACGCCAUGAAUUCCGGUCCAGUCAGAUGGUAGCCGUCGCUCAGAACUCUUCUUCUUGGCCAACAGUUGAAGUGGUUGAUCGUUACUCUUCUUCACUGCCCUUUCAUACUAAUAGGUCAACAACCUCUCCAAAACCAAUACUCCGCGGUCAACGUUCGAUUUACUCCGACCUACUCCUCGCCGAUGUUCUAGACCUCUAUCGUUCCCCAGACCAGGAGUUUUCCGAUUUGAAGCUCGAGAAUCUCCAGUUUGUCGCCUGGCUGAGAAGCACUGAGCUCAGUAUUGUUACUGCCCAGCUAGUUCUCCGCCAGACCCCUCAACUAUCCCCAAGUAUACAAAAUUGGCUGUGUGAUCAAUCAAAAUGGGCAGCAACAUUGAAGGGUUUGGAAGAUAAAGGAUACAGUCCGGAAGAUGUAUCUCACUGGGCCUGGAUUCUUAUUCCGAACGAGCCGGACAAGAGAGUCGAUAGGUUCCUGAGCAGAUCACAGCACAAGCCUCUUUUCGUACUUUUCUACCUCCUCAACAACACCCCGCAUUUCUCGAACCCCGAAUCACUCUCGGCGCUCUUGGAAUAUUGCACAACCUGGUGUUUGAGCUCAAAAGAGACAGCCGAUGGUGCUGCUGAGGCAUCGGGAUCCAAGCUAGGAGUGACUCCUGAAUUGUUCGGCAAGGUCCUUCAAAAAUUAAGCUAUCAUGCAAGUAGGCUUCAGCCUCAUGCAUUGCCAGACAUAGCUGAUCUAGCGGUCUCAUAUGUCCAAGGCAUUCCUCUUAGAAAGCUGCAUGAGGGCAAAGCUUAUAAGAUGCAAUGUCAGGUCUUCAAUGCCGCCCUACAAGCUGUAUCUAUUCCUGCGAAAAAGGCGCCAUAUGAUAGCAUGCCCUACAAUUGGAAGGCGCUUACUACCCUCCUAUCAUUAUCAUCUUCUUUGGAGCGACCUUUGGUCAUUGAGCAGGAGAGUUACCGAGCAAUUCGACAAGUCUUGCUCGCACUACCGAAAACAGACUCUGAACGCGACACGGCCACGACCCUUAGCGCCUCAUGGCCACCUUAUCGAAUUCUUCGGGAUGGCAUGGAAGAGAAAGCCAAUAUGGAAGAUUAUUUGAGCCGGACCGUGAAAGCCGGUAUAAUGAUGCAAGAGGCUGGCUACGGCAAAGAGGACAUCGAUUUAACGAUGGACAUCCUUGGCGGCAUGGCCCCUGAUGGCUCGCCCACUAUCCAAACGAGGACCAACUUCUCUCGUCACAAUCGUAGCGAUCAAGCUGCCUGGGCAGCACUUAUAAGGACAACUCGCAAUGGUCAAGAAGCCUGGGCUAUCUUCAAGAACCCCCCUGAACCGGGCAUGAAACCAACGUUCGAGGUAUAUUGGCAACUGAUUACCAAAUUAGCGGCCAAGCCAGCAAAUCCUGAUCACAAUAAUCUCCCUGGCGAUGGAAGAGAAGUCUUUACAUAUGACGACAUGAACCUCAGCGAAUUCGAGAAGGCCCGCGUGAAACCACCCAGCAUCCAUCGCCUGAUAGAAGAAAUGUUCGAAGCUGGCAUUGUCAUUCGAGGGCCUUCGCUAGCUUGGCUUAUUAGGCAGGCGCCUACGAUUGGUCAUGCUCUUGACUAUAUCGAUCAUAGUAGCAUUGAUGGCGGACUCAAAAGCAACAUCAGAAGAUGCAUGGAGAGCUAUGCAGUCCUCCCAUCUUCUUUGCUGACUCGGCCUCCUCGAGACAUCCUGCAUGCCUGCAUCGACUUACUCUGCCGUCUGCAGCCGAACCGGACAGCAAACACACCUGCUCGCCAUGCAUAUAGGAGUCUGUACCGCAUUCAGUAUGCCUUCAAGCUCGCUCAAAUGGGAUGGAUAACGCCCAACAAGUCUGGAAGGGCACCCUGGGAGUCCAUAUUGAUUGCUUUGGCUCGACCAAACAUCAUGCUCAGCAACAGCAAGCCUGCGGAUAACGAUGUUCAAGUUCUCAAUAUGGCUACUGAGGUCUUGGAGAGAGCCGAGGCUCACUGUGGGCUGAACCUAGCCAUGUUUGGAUCUUUCGCUCAAGUUAUCCAAAAGACGGUCUACUUUAGGCUAUCUACAUCACUAAACAGCUCCUCAACUGGAUCCGAAACUAAGGACUUAAUGUCUCUGUACGGGACACAAAGCACAACACUCAUGGUCCCGGACUCUCCUGUCUUCCGCAAUGAGGCCACUGGUGCCCAGUCAUGGCGGCGACUUCUCAGCCCCGUCUUCCAAUGCAACAUUUCAACCAAGCCUCAGACAGUGUACACCUUGCUCCGGGAAGCGUCGAAUAGACUCAAGAGUGCUUGGAGGGUGUUAUCAACGACCGGCCCUGCUCACGGGCCCAAAGUGAAUCUCCUCGUGAAAGCGUCCGAUAUCAACACCUAUAUGCGCACAUUAGCCUUCACAGGCGAUUAUGAGGAAAUGAUGCUGCUUCUUUUGUGGGUCGUUCGAGAGUGGUCACCUAAAAUGGGGAUGGAUCUGUCACUUACCGAUGCGAAGCGUCUGGCGAGGGCGGUGCGGACGUUUCGAGCCUACGCAGAGCCCAUGCUAAGGGAAGAAGCUGUGGCGUUACUGCGCGAAGAAAUAUUGAAAUAUAGUCGCAAAGAAAGCAAAUGUCCAGUGUACUGGCCUGAACUGGAAGAGGUUGAGGAACAUAUUCGGGAUGAUGAGUGGGGCAACCAUCAGAAUCUGCAUGAGAUUUUGAAGUUGGUAAAGAUGUCCGGAGAGCAUCAGAACUCGAACGGAAGUCGAGGCGCUGAUGAUGUACAAUAA